AUGAGAUCUUACAUCAACAUAUUCUACUUUACCAUUAUCGCAGCAAUAAUAUUUGCCGCUCCUAAUAAUGCUCGCUCGCUCCAUCGAGCCGGCUUUCCUGUGAUUGAUAAGAGAAACGCAGGAAAAGAUCAUACUGGCUAUCAAUGUGGAUCGACUAAGCACAAGAUGGAUAAGAUUCUUGAUGCCAUUAAAAUGGCUUGUCCAGAUCCAGAACAGAGCGAUAGUUUUUGGUUUUCCUACAAUGACAGCGGCUUUCCCAAGACGUUUUCUGAAGCGCAGAAGCUCGGUUUACCCAAGGAUACUAUGAUAACACCUGUUAGAGGGGGCUUUUUUGGUGAGAUUUAUUUCAUACUUCCGAGCACAUCUUUUUGGUUUUCUCCAGAACCAUUACAGUUCCAUUAUGCCGCGUUUGAGCCGUUGACUUGCAAGCUUCGUGGUCUAAUUCGUCAGAAAGACAAUAAAAAAGACGGCGUUUUCCAGCUUUGCCAAUACACGACUUGGCCCCCGAGCUGGACGGAUCCGUAUGUUGAGGCCCAAACUCAUUUUCUGCUUUCGUAA